AAGUCACAAACGCUUAGGUUAAUGUUAUUUACAAACUUUCCCUUAACUAUGACAUGAACUUGAGUGUCAUUGUUGCGUACCGAUAUAUUUUUGCAACAGUUUUUAUUGCUCCUCUUGCUUUCAUCAUUGAAAGGAAGAGGAGGACAAAGAUGAGUUGGACGAUACUGUUUCAGUCAUUUCUAUGCGGCUUAAUUGGCGGUGCGUUGCCUCAAAACUUAAACAUGGAAGCAAUUGCUUUAACUUCUGUAACGUUUACAACGGCCAUAUCGAACCUGGUUCCAGCCAUCACCUUUAUGAUAUCCCUCUUCUUCGGAUUGGAGAGAUUAAAUUUAAGAACAAGAGCAGGGAAGGCGAAGAUACUUGGAACGAUAACCGGAAUCAGUGGGGCAAUGAUACUCACUUUCGUUAAAGGCCCAGAAGUGAAGAUGUUGUCUUUCCAUGUUAACCUUUUCAACCACCGAAACGGCAACGUCGUACAUCCUCACCCUUCUUCUGCCGUUAUGACCGUAUUUGGCGCUCUCGCCUCUGUCGCAAGCAACGUCUCUUAUGCUCUCUGGCUCAUCAUUCAGGCAAAGAUGAGUCAAAGGUACCCUGCUUAUUCCAGUACUGCGUUGAUGUCUCUAAUGGGAGCACUGUUAUCCAUUUCUUUUGCUUUUUGCGUUGAAAGGGAUUUUAGUCAGUGGAGGUUGGGUUGCAAUGUUAGGCUUCUAACUGUUGCUUAUGCGGUAUAAGGCUACACUGAGUGAGGGUACUUGCCCCCACUACUAUUUGACACACAUAUUUUUUUAUCUAAAAAAUAAAAAUUAUAUUAUAAUAAAAAUAUAUAUGUUUA